AUGCGCAAGCAACAAGUCCUCCUGUGGCACCCAGAAGCACCGAAGGCGGAACCCAAGCAGUUCGCCUUCGACCGCUGCUACUGGUCGCACGACGGAUACCUGAGGCUCGACUCGGGGUACUUGGCGGCGGAUCCAGAACAUCCACACGGAGAACAUUACGUAGACCAGGACAAGGUGUACAAGGAGUUGGGACGCGGUGUCCUGGAAAAUGCGUGGCAAGGAUACAACGCUACAUUGCUGGCCUAUGGGCAGACGGGGUCCGGAAAGUCCUAUUCCAUGAUAGGAUACGGUGCCAACACAGGAAUAGUUCCUAGGUUAUGCGAGGACCUCUUCCGAGGCAUCGAAGCCAGGCGAAGCCUAGAGAAGUACACACAGUACGAGGACAACGAAGCACAAAUGGCCCAGAUGAAACAGAGCUUCGAGGAAAAAUUGAGGAAAGCGGAGGCUCUACGGAAGCAGGAUAGACAGAGGCUCAUACUUGAGGAAGAGAAAAAGGCACUUCCUCAUCUGAGCAACCUGAAUUAUGACCCUCUCCUGUCGGGGAAAAUCGUUCACCUCAUCAGCAAAGGCGUCACGACGGUGGGAAAGGGUGACGCGGAUGUCAGUCUACAUGGCGCUGGGAUCCAGGAGAAGCAUGCCCUGCUGAAGAGGACGGAGGGUGAGGUCACUAUUGAGCGUGGAUCGACAGAGUCCAGAGUGCUUCUCAACGGGGAACCCGUCACGGGACCGGUUGUCCUAAACGACAAUGACAGAAUCAUGUUUGGAACGAGUCAACUAUAUCUGUUCGUGAACCCAAGGCAUCCACAGAGUCAGGACAGAUUUACGGAAAUCACGUACGAAAUGGCACAAGAAGAGAUUGCUAUCAAAGCAGGGAUCAAAAUGAACGAGGAUGAUUCGAUAGAAAGUGCCCUGUUGAACCACGAUCUCAUCCAAGUGGUUCCACGGAUCGACGAAGCCAACGCCAUGAGCGAGGAACUGGACAAAGGGGUUCAUUUCCAAGUCUUGCUGCUGUCGCCGCAACUGCUUGGUAAACAGCUUGGAAGGACAGAGGUGUAUGUGAAAGUGCGCAAUACUCGCAACGGACAGGAGUUCGAAUGGACCAAGGACAAGUUUCUGAGCAGACUCUUUGCCAUGAAGGAAAUGUAUCAGAACUACGACACGGGCCAGGACUGGGACGUCGAAGAAGAGCGAGAUCCUUUCCUGGAAGAUCCGAACGCUGAAGUUCGGAUAGGAACGGUUCAAGUGUACCUGCAGCCUCUCGCCUAUCUGGUAGAUGUCAGGGAGCAGCUGGAAAUCAUCGACUUCAAGGGCGAAGAAGUGGGUAUUCUCAGUAUUGAAAUAGUGCCCUGUUCCGAGUCUGGCCACGAGUACACGGAAGACGACAAUGUGUUCGUCGACAGCCCCGCAGAACUGGUGGGCAGAGACUUGCACUUCGUCGUCAAGAUCGUCAAUUGUCGAGCCCUUCCUCAACGCUUCACUGACAUCCGAUGUAGGUACCGAGUAUUUGAAGACCAAGAAGACAAUGCGACGGAGGUGAUCUCGGGGACGUCAGACCCGGACUUCAACUACAAAAAAUAUUUUUCUUACAAGCCGGUCACAACACAGCUGGUGGAAUACCUGUCCGACUCGUACAUCGCCAUCUCCGUGUGGGGCGUCCAGGUGUCGCGAGCGUCGGCCAUCAUCCGUGCCAAAGGGAAAACGCUCAGGAAGAAUUUCCAGGCGGAUCUCAUCAGCCAAACCAACGCCCUCAUGAAUGGAUUCAGGAUAAACGGGCGAAAUGUGGAUCCAAACAAGCAAAGCAUCAUUGUUGAACUUCUCCUGAUGAAGAAGCAACAGGCACGACAGAAUCAGAAACUCGAGAACCUUCGUAAACUUGUGGAAUCGGCGGAAAGCCAUCACCAGAAACGCGUCCCCGUGAGCAUCGUCAAGGACUUGCUCCUGGUCUCCUCGGCAGAAGCUGCCGAACAACUGCUCUCCAAUCUAGAAGGUUUCGAAGGCGCUGGACGGAGAGGAACAUCAAUCUGCACCAUUUCCUGACCUGCCGAGACGUUGCCAAAGUGUCCUCCAUGCCAACAUGAACCAUGUGCAGCCAUGUGUAACAUACUUCAGGAACGUCAUGUACAUCAUCUUCUAGGAAUCACUUUUAUACGAGGAGGAGAAAAUAACGACUAUUUUUAUACCGAAACAAAAGGCUCAUCUUCACCCUGGUCGUACAAUUAUCAUGCUUUUUCGCAGCACAUAGAAAUGUGCCUCCAACUGCGGUGCACGUAGCCACGCUUGCCCCGCAGAAAGUGUUGGGCAAGAACAAAAACUCUCAAGUAACUCUAAUGCAAGUUACUGAAAUUAUUAUCUAAGUAAUUUAUACACCUAUCCAAAAAAAUAGAAUCAUUCUGAACUGCUACAGUCUCAAAUCAGAUUUGCCAACUGUCAACUGCGGAAAAAGGUUUUACUAUUAACCCGGACGCCGUCACCACUUUCCACAGACCUGUCAUCCCUCACUGUAUUUAAUGCAUCGCAUUAUCGAGGGUCCUUGCAUACGAUUGCAAGGACCUUGCAAUAUUGUACAUUUGUUUGUAAAUAGCGGAAUCCCAUGCUCUUGUUCUACAACACUGCUGAAAUCUCGCUUGCCCACUUUGCCGAGACUACGUCAGUACCUCAAAUCAAUCGAUAACCACCACUGAAGAGCAUCACAAAAGAAACAGUCUAGUAAGUACGUAUAGUAGAUACAAGCAGUACGUAAGGUGGAAGUGCUCAUCAGCGAGUUCUGGUUGGGCUGCUUGAGUCCUACUUCUAUCUGCCUUUUCUGACAACAAUUUUACUUCCUUGAUUGUAACGUAUCAAUUUGGAACAUCAAAGCACAUGGUGCAUUAAUGCCACAUGUAUUUUAGAUGACACCAAAAUUGUUACCAGUUACAAGAUUACAUAGUACAUAAGAGGUACACAGG